AAGCCCAACCCUUUCCCUGGGCCGGGCAGUCUCCACGGCCAUGUGAUCCUGGGGCUGCUAGGACGCUCCGGAACAACUGGGACCAGCGGGAGUCGCGGGCGUCCCUGGGCGGGGGCGACAUGGAGCGGAGGUGGGUCUUCGUGCUGCUGGACGUGCUGUGCGUGUUGGUCGCCUCUCUGCCCUUUGUCAUCCUGACUCUGGUGAACACACCAUACAAACGAGGGUUCUACUGCGAAGAUGACUCCAUCCGGUACCCCUACCGUCCAGAUACCAUCACCCACGGACUCAUGGCUGGGGUCAUCAUCACGGCCACCGUCAUCCUUGUCUCAUCGGGGGAGGCCUACCUGGUGUACACAGACCGUCUCUAUUCACGAUCCGACUUUAACAACUACGUGGCCGCCAUCUACAAGGUGCUGGGGACCUUCCUGUUCGGGGCUGCUGUGAGCCAGUCUCUGACCGACCUGGCCAAGUACAUGAUCGGCCGGCUGAGACCCAGCUUCUUGGCUGUCUGUGACCCUGACUGGAGCCGGGUCAACUGCUCCGGUUACGUGCAGCUGGAGGUGUGCAGGGGCAGCCCUGCCAACGUCACUGAGGCCAGGCUCUCCUUUUACUCCGGACACUCCUCCUUCGGCAUGUAUUGCAUGUUGUUCCUGGCGCUCUAUGUGCAGGCCCGGCUCUGCUGGAAGUGGGCACGGCUGCUGAGGCCCACGGUUCAGUUCUUCUUGGUGGCCUUUGCAAUCUACGUGGGCUACACCCGUGUGUCCGACCACAAGCACCACUGGAGUGAUGUCCUCGUCGGCCUCCUGCAGGGAGCCCUGGUAGCGUGCCUCACGGUCCGCUAUGUCUCAGACUUCUUCAAAUCCCGGCCGCCCCAGCCCUGCCAGGACCAGGAACCGGAGCGCAAGCCCAGUCUGUCCCUGACGCUGACCCUUGGCGAGGACCUUAGCCACUAUGAGUACCCAGUCUCUUCCCGGAAGCCACCUGUGGGCCAGUCAUGUGUUGGCCCUUGGCCCUGGUCAGGCACCACUGACUUUGGAGCUGCCCCAGGGUCCCGGCUGGUGACCAUUGAUCAGGGUCUGGGAUACCUGACUGGCCCUGAGUGUGGGCAGGAUCCAUCCUCAUUGCUUCUUGAGUGCCCCAGGAAGAUAAGAUGAGGUCCUGCUCCGAGGGCUGUCUCCCACCACAAAGGGCUUUUCGAGGAAAGCCAUCCCUGCGUGGCCCCAGGAAUGGGCCGGUCUAUGAUGGUUUAUGAAGUCGGCAUCCUCCCUGUGGGUCCUGCGGGGACAAACCGCUUGUCUGCCUGGGUGGAGCAGUUCUCCUUGGCCUGGGUCAGGGAUCACAAGUGUGAAAAGGGUUGCUAAACCGUGGGCUGCCUAGGAACAGACACACGUGACUUUUGUCUGAAUCCUGUUCUCAAGCCUGCAGAAGACUCCUGCCCGGGGCCCUCCAAAGCCCUCCCUCAUAGCUUGCUGUCCAGUCCUGCCUCCACUCCCCCGCGUGGACCGGGUGUGUGGCCAGGCUUUGGGAGUGGGCCUAGGUUUGCCGUCCCCAUCUAUUUCAGAACACUUAAAGUUACCUGCAUGGGAGGGUGACCUAUAAACUUUGUACCAAA